UCAAAUAAAACGUCAAACUACUCGAAACACAGCAGGAAAAUUGUAUUUCAUUUAAACGCUGAAAAUGGCAGAAAACGGUGGUGAUGUUGGUGGUAUCCCGAAUGUGUUUGGAAAAGAUGGAAAAAUUCCCACAACAGACGAACUUCUAAAGAUGUUGGAAGGGAUGUCGGAACUUAGUGAAGAAAAUAAACGGGAAUUAAGAGAGAGUAUUCUAAGCGGAGGACUAGCUAGAGAAGCACAAAAUAUGGCUGAUUCUGUAAAAGAAAACGUUGCAUCUGGUGGUAUUUUAGGAGAAUUCACAAUUUUAUUCAUUUUCCUUUCAAUAGUUUUUUUGAUUCUAGUAUUCUUUGGUUAUAAACUGUAUUCAUCGCUGAUGGAAAAAGAAAGAAGAAAAGAGGAAAAGAAACGACAAAGACAACAAAAGAAGAAGAAAUAAGAAAAUGUAUUGUGUGUUGUAAUAUAUACAAAUUUGACUAUCACAAACAUUCCAUUAUGUACCUGUUUUUUGACUCUUUACUACGUAACUUUGUGGCAGCUGAACAUAUUAUAAAGUGACUUUCCUUGUAUUAUAUUAAAUAUGACGUGACGUAUUAGAAAGUCUAAAAAACAGAGCCUAUGAGUAUAAGAGUUAACUGUACAUUUUAUGUCAUUUUAAGAAAAUUGUGUUCAAAGUUUCUUGUAUGUGAAAGUAUCUAUGAAGUCUAUUUUAAUGUUGUAUUGUUGUAAUAUUUUAUGCUAUAUUAUUUAAGGAAUAUAAAUAUAUUUAUGGCAGUUA